GGCGCCUCCUGCGCCUGCGCCGCGGCCCCGAGUCUCCCCAGCGGCAGCGAAGGAGUUUGGAAGUUCAAAAUGGCCGCCGCGGCAGAGCCUGAGCUGCGAGCGCCCGAGGUGGAGGAUGCUGAUGCAUCAGAGAAAAGCGUAAAUGAAGAAAAUGGGGAAGUAUCAGAGGCAGAUCAACCUCAGAACAAGCACAGCCGACACAAAAAAAAGAAACACAAACACCGAAGUAAACACAAGAAACAUAAACAUUCUUCAGAAGAAGAUAAGGACAAAAAACAUAAACACAGACACAAACAUAAGAAACAUAAACGGAAAGAGGUAGCUGAUGCUUCUGACAAAGAAGAUGGACCAGCUAAAAGAACUAAAAUUGAUUUUUUAGCUCCUCUGGAAGACUUGGAGAAACAAAGGGCAUUAUUGAAAGCUGAACUUGAAAAUGAAUUAAUGGAAGGAAAAGUCCAGUCUGGGAUGGGAUUAAUAUUACAAGGUUAUGAGUCAGGAUCUGAAGAAGAGGGAGAGAUUAAUGAAAAAGCACGAAAUGGAACGAGACCUACGGCUAAGUCAAACACUAAGGGGAAGUUAGAACCCGUGGACAAUAAAACUAGUUCCAAGAAAGGAAGUAAGAGUGAAUCAAAAGAAAGGACUAGGCACAGAUCUGACAAAAAGAAAGGCAAAGUAGGAGUUGAUGGAAUCAAAGAGAAGACAGCGAGAAGCAAGUCAAAAGAGAGGAGGAAAUCCAAAAGCCCUUAUAAGAGAAGUAAGUCUCAAGAUCAAAUAAGGAAAUCAAGAUCUCCGAUGCUUAAAAGACGAUCUCAGGAGAAAAACAGAAAGUCUAAAUCCCCCCCAGAGGACAGAAAUAAGGCUGACGAUAAAAGUAAAUCGAGAGAUCGCAGAAAGUCUCCGGUUGCAAAUGAAAACAAAAGCAGAGAUCGUGGCAGAAAGUCUAAAUCUCCAACAGAACUAAGAAGUAAAUCCAAAGAUAGAAGAUCACGGUCCAAAGAUAGAAAACCUAGGAGAUCAGAGACUGACAAAGAAAAAAAGCCAAUUAAAUCUCCUUCUAAAGAUGCUUCUUCAGGGAAAGAAAACAGGUCCCCCAGACGACCUGGCCGUAGCCCAAAAGGAAGAAGCUUAUCUCCCAGACAGCGUGAAAAGUCAAGACGAAGCAGAUCCCCUCUCUUUAAUGAUCGUAGAUCUAAACAGAGUAAAUCCCCCUCUAGAACCCGGUCACCAGUUAGACGGCUGAGGAGUAGAUCUGCAGAAAGGAAAAGAAGAGAAUCGGAAAGGAGGCGUCUGUCUUCUCCCAGAACGCGGACGAGAGAUGACAUUUUGUCGAGACGUGAAAGAUCAAAAGAUGUGAGCCCACCCAGUAGAUGGUCCCCAUCCAGGAGAAGGUCUCGGUCCCCCAUUAGAAGGAGGUCUCGUUCGCCCCUUCGACGUAGCCGAUCUCCGAGAAGGCGGAGCAGAUCUCCCAGGAGGAGGGAUAGAGGCAGAAGAAGUAGAUCUCGCCUUCGGAGGAGGUCCAGGUCACGUGGUGGCCACAGACGUAGGAGCAGAAGCAAAGUUAAAGAAGACAAAUUUAAAGGUAGUCUUUCUGAGGGCAUGAAAGCUGAACAGGAGUCAUCAUCAGAUGAAAAUCUUGAAGACUUUGAUUUGGAAGAGGAAGAUGAAGAAGCGGAGAUAAGACAAAGAAGAUUACAGCGACAAGCAAUUGUUCAGAAAUACAAAGGCCAGACAGAAGACAGUAACAUAUCUGUACCGUCUGAACCGAGCAGUCCUCAGAGCAGUACACGUAGUCGCUCCAAUUCACCAGAGGACAUCCUAGAGAGAGUAGCUGCUGAUGUCAAGGAGUACGAACGGGAAAAUGUGGACACGUUUGAGGCAUCAGUAAAAGCCAAGCACAACCUCAUGACGGUUGAACAGAACAACGGUUCCUCUCAGAAGAAACUGCUCGCCCCUGAUAUGUUCACAGAAUCAGAUGAUAUGUUUGCUGCAUACUUUGAUAGUGCCCGACUAAGGGCUGCUGGGUUUGGAAAAGACUUCAAGGAAAACCCCAAUCUCAGGGAUAACUGGACUGAUGCAGAAGGCUAUUACCGUGUUAAUAUAGGUGAAGUCCUAGAUAAGCGUUACAAUGUCUAUGGCUACACUGGUCAGGGAGUCUUCAGUAAUGUCGUGCGAGCCAGGGACAUGGCAAGAGCAAACCAAGAAGUAGCUGUUAAAAUCAUCAGGAACAAUGAACUUAUGCAAAAAACUGGCCUAAAAGAACUGGAAUUUUUGAAGAAGCUCAAUGAUGCAGAUCCUGAUGACAAGUUUCAUUGUCUACGGUUGUUCAGACAUUUCUACCACAAACAACAUCUCUGUCUGGUAUUUGAGCCACUCAGUAUGAAUUUACGAGAGGUGUUGAAGAAGUACGGGAAAGAUGUUGGGCUCCAUAUUAAAGCUGUGCGAUCCUACAGCCAGCAGUUGUUCCUGGCUCUAAAACUUCUUAAAAGGUGCAAUAUCCUACAUGCAGAUAUUAAACCAGAUAAUAUUUUGGUGAAUGAGUCCAAAACGAUACUAAAGCUUUGUGAUUUUGGGUCAGCUUCGCAUGUGGCAGACAAUGACAUCACCCCUUACCUAGUUAGUAGAUUUUAUCGAGCUCCAGAAAUCAUUAUAGGAAAAAUCUAUGACUAUGGUAUAGAUAUGUGGUCUGUAGGCUGCACAUUAUAUGAACUUUAUACAGGAAAAAUACUGUUUCCUGGCAAAACCAAUAACCACAUGUUGAAAUUAGCCAUGGAUCUCAAAGGAAAGAUGCCAAACAAGAUGAUUCGAAAAGGUGUGUUCAAAGAUCAGCACUUUGAUCAAAAUCUCAACUUUAUGUAUAUAGAAGUAGAUAAAGUGACAGAAAGGGAGAAAGUUACAGUUAUGAGCACCAUUAAUCCAACCAAGGACCUGUUAGCGGACUUGAUUGGGUGCCAACGACUCCCUGAAGACCAGCGUAAAAAAGUGCACCAGCUAAAGGACUUGUUGGACCAGAUUCUAAUGUUAGACCCAGCUAAACGGAUUAGCAUCAACCAGGCUCUGCAGCACGCCUUCAUCCAGGAAAAAAUAUAAACCAGAUGAAGAAGUUCAAAGGGUUUGAGUAAUUAACGUACAAAGACUGAAGAAAUUUCACAGCAGUUGUUAAUGUAUAUAAACAUAAAUAUUUCCCCCUGCAAGGUUGAGGAUGAAAUGAUACAUUUGAAUUAACAUCAAGGCCGAUAUUUCUUUUAGAAAUGUUAGAGUAAUUCUGUUUUGUGUCUUAUGUGAAAAUUUUCACUGUAGAACUGUUUUAAUUGCCAAGACUGCACAGAAGUACAAUGCUAAUGUAUAUGGUUGCAGUUCGUAUAUAUUAUAAAAAGGAAAAAAAAAAAAGCAUCUGUUAUAAAAAAAAAGCCCAAAAACAAAAGAAAGAAAAGAAAAAAAACCACAAAAGAGCAGUAAUACUGGGUGGUUGAUUUGUUUUUAGCAGACUUGGCUUCAGUUUUGUCUUGAAAAAAUGGCCAGCAUAAAUGCUGUUUAUAUUCACGUUUUCCUAGGUGUGUGUGUGCAGGCCACAGCAGCAUGCCCUUGGUGUAGUCAGUGCCGAAGGGGGCCUGUUCCUUCUUGAGCCUGCCCGCAGGGAUGGUCUCCUCUUUUAAAGCAGGUUGUGUACAACUUUCAGUACACUGAAGGUAAGCUAUAACCCAUCCACAUCACCGGUGUUUACGCUGUUAUUUUACUGGAAGGACUGAGGAGCGAGAGACGAUAGCAUUGUGGCAGAAUUCCCCCCCGCAUGUUUGAGAAAUGACCUUGUUUUCUUUUCUGGCCUUGCAAGCGCGGCGUAGUUACCCGAGUGCCGUCACUGCUGCGGCCGGCCUCGCGAGAGAGCCCGGAGCGCGCGCACCCGACGGAUGGAGCGCCUUCAGUGUACUGUUUCUUAUUACCUUAGUUUUUUUUAACCGACUUGCUAUAUAGACUUUGUAUACAUUUUGUUAAAGACAGUUCACUAUGACAUAGAACCGAUACUUAACGGAAGAGUUUUCAUUUAGUAACCGCGUACGUUGGGAUCUCAUCCGAAAGACCUUAUAUCUAAAGGCUAGCUAGAGGACAUAAUGAAAUUUUUAACUAUUUGUAUGUCAUUUUGAAAGUGUACUGCUUUAUGCUAAAAGUGUUUCGUUUGUUCAUCGUUUUUCAUUAUUUGUGAUCAUGUUGUCUUUCAAUACAGGCAUAAACCUUCCACUCUUGAACAAAGCAGCUGCUUUUUAAAAGCGAGAAAAAGGAAAGCGAGUCACAGGCCACUCAACGCCUACUCCAUGGGUCUGAUUUGCUGAGACACCAACUUCACCUUCCUAACAAGGUUAUUUCUGACAGCAUGUGUAGAUAAACAUUUAGCAACCAGUUAAAAGAGCGUGAAAACAUUUUGAGUUGGUUGUACAGGGUGAUGAGGAAAACGGCAUCGAACCUGUCAGGUCCCUGCUUGCUUGCUUUAAUGUUCUGACAAUGUCCAGAAGUCCACCUUGUCCAUUUUGUUAAUAUAGUCCCGACAAGCUGUGAAAACCCCACUGGUUUCACGUACUUCUAUCGUACUUCCUCCAACUAAGAAGGGUUUUUGUAUCCGUCUAGGUACAUAAUGGCAACAAUCAGGCACCCUUAGUGCACCCGAGAAUGGACAAAUGCCACAAAGCAGUCAUUCUGCUGGUGGGGAGUACCCCACCGAGGAGGCGCAAUGAGCUCACCACGAAAACGAGCAGGAGAUGGGUGCUUUUGUGUGCCAUUUUGGAACCUUCAGCCUGUCUCUUCUCAGUUUAGAUUGUAAAAUUCGUAACGAAAAAUAAUGUCUCCCCGAUUCCUGCAUAUUAAGGUGCAGCUCAAAAGAAGAUGAUGGCUACCAGAAGACAUGGACAAAGGUUUCUGUCCUAUAAAAGAUACGAAAAAUACUCUUCGUGUAGUUGUGUCUUAAUCCUUUGGUUUCCAGCGCUCCAGUUUAGACUCGUAACGCUGCCGCGGUUCUGAUAAUCCCUGAGACCUACUUACUGUGUUAGAACCUGGUACACAGAUGUGUUUGUUUCAUUUCUGGUUGGAGAGGGUUUUGGUUUUGUUAAUUGUGAUUAAAUGCAGGUAAAUAAACAUUACUGGUUUAAAUAGAGUUUCCUUAAGAUGAUAGCGUGAGCGGUACAAAGCCUAGGAAAGUUUAGGGGGAAAAAAUCUGCCUUGAGAUUUGGUCAAAAUACCUGUGUUUUAACUAGUAAAUAUUGAGGCAGCUGAUGCACUUCUUUCUUUAACUUUGGCAGGUUUGUUAUUUUAAUUCUGGCAAACUGUUGCUGAUGAGCAGAGACCAGCUGGCAGGGGUUAUCCAAAGCAAGUGGCUUUCAGUCCUCCGUCCAGUACCAGCCCCUGCUAUUACUUCUUGUCGGCAACGAUAGAAAGUCUUUUUUCUCUGGCUUCAGAAGCCUCUGGAUUGAGGACUUUUGGAGGCUGUUAAGGAACCUCUCCACUUUUAGGCAAUACUUGUCCCAGUGGCCUGUGGGCUCUGAGGGGAGCGGUGCAGAGGCAGGCAGCUGGACUCCUGUGGUCGCAGCUUGGUUGCAAACACAACAGCCCUGCAGCAGAGGUGACAUGCUGAACUAUUUCUCAGCUAAUCUAAGAGGGAGGGUGAUUUCCCUUUUCCUCCUCUAGGAGAAGAUGUACUUUGUGUCUUCCCCUGAGGUCCUGCCUGUACGAAGUCUAGCUAGAUCUACUGUGCUGAUUUCUGUUUCCUCCUCCUUUGUGGUGACAAGGAGCUUUACAUUUAACGUGCUUAGUUUGCCAAAAUUAAGAUACCAGCCCCAUGCAGUUAGAUGUGGGUGUAUUACCUUGGUGUGUACUACCGUAACUUUUAAGAGCUUUUGAUAGAAUGUCAUGGCUCCUUUAAAACCUUUUUAAUAAUACUUUGUCUCCACACGUAGGGUAAGUGGCAUUAAACCUCAGAGGAACCUCUGUGUGUGUGUGUGUUGACCAUCCGCAGAAGUCUGGGCUGCUGCUGGAGACGGAGCCCUCUGCUACCGUACGUGUGAAACCGUAACGCGGGCGCAGGACGACGGGAAGUGGCAAGUGCUUGAAAUCAAUAAAACAUGCUUAAAACUUAA